UCUGCUGACAGACCUGGUAUGGCACUUUUAACUGGGCUUGUUGGGCAUCAUGGCAAGUUCUCAUGCCAUCUUUACUGUGGAGUGAUUGGACAACAUAUUCCUGACACAUCUCAUUACUAUCCUGUGCUACAGAGGCCGACAAAGCCAGCCAUAUACAGCAAAGCAGGCUGUGAUCACAACACCAUUGACAUUAAUCACCUCCCAUCUCCUGGUGCUGGUGAAUAUUGGGGCAACCUCACCCAUGUUCUUGCUUCUUGCACACAGCAAGAGUUUGCCGCUCGGCAACAAGAAACAGGGAUCAGGAAGCUGGGUAUUUUUAUGGGUAUGCCACAAUCUCUCCCCCCUCCUUUUGGCUGGGGCUGUGACAUUAUGCAUCUCACUGCAAUUAAUGUCAGGGAUCUACUCAUUCCCCUGUGGCAAGGUACACACUCCACCAAAGAUGAUGAUCACCCAUCAUGCUGGGGCUGGGCAGCGCUCGCAGACUCAGACACAUGGUGA